AUGGUGCUUUGGCCUUACGGAUUUCUCAUUUUGUGGAGAAGAUAUUGUCCUAGAGGGAUAUCAGAACUACAAACAGUGCAAGAUAGCUCUGCAGCUGGGUUUUCCUUAGAGCUUCUAGCAAAUGCAAGAUUUGUUUUUGCAGCUGCAAAGUUAGGCACGGCAGGUCUUCAAAUGUGUCGUUCUUAUACUUUCAAAGAAGGUACAAACAACUUUGAUAAUUCUACCUUUAUGGGAGAAGGCUCAUAUGGAAAGGACUUGAAGGACUUGAUAAGCCAGUUGCCAGAUGAAAUCCUUGUCCAUAUGUUGUCUUUCUUGACUUUGGAAGAAGCAGUCAGAACUAGUGUUCUUUCGCACAGAUGGAAACGCUCAAAUUUAGAUGAAUUCAGAGUUCGUUUUGAGUUUAAUAAAGAUUUUAAAGAUCUGAUUGAUGGAUGGGUUGACUUUGCAAUCUCAAAGGGAGUUAAGAGGCUUGAAUUGGACUUUUCACCAACAUGGGCAUGCGUGGGUCCAAAGCGUUAUACAUUUCCACAUGAUCGUUUUUCUGUUGGAUUAUCUUGCAUCAAGUCCCUAACAUCCCUCACUCUUCUAUACGUACAUGUAACCGGCGAGCUUCUUGAGUGUUUCCUUUCCAAUUGUCCCCUGCUUGAAAGAUUAUAUGUCAGCAAUUCUGAAGACAUAGUGAAUCUGAAGAUUUGGGGUUCAACACUGCGGUUGAAGUACUUACACAUAAUACAGUGUUCCCAAUUUGAAAGUAUUGAGGUGUUUGCUCCAAAUCUGGAGUCAUUUGGGCUCGUUGGUGGGAUAGAAACGCAUGUUAAUUAUGCACCCCGUCUUCGAGAUGUACAUAUGGGUGGAUGCGAACCAGUGAAGUAUGCAAUUUGCCCUCUGUCAAACUACCUUUCUCAGCUACAGAGUUUGGUGCUGAAUAUUUGUAUCUCUCCUUAUGUAAAAUUGGAACUCCCAAAAUUUCAAACAUUAACCAAUCUCAGACGCCUUAAAUGGAGAGUUAUUGCGUUUGAUGUUGAAAGCCUCAUCAGUUUAAUACCAAUGAUAGAAGCAGCACCUUUUUUACAGAAAUUUAAUUUGGAGUUGUCAUGGUGUAAACCCCUAAAAAAAAAGAGAAUUAAGGAAGGUGAAGAAACAUCCUAAUAAGCAUCUCAAAGAGGUGGAAAUAGUGGGAUUUGUGGGGCGUGCAAUCGACAUUGAACUUGCUAUUUACUUGCUUGAAAUUGCCAUCAAGCUUGAGAAGAUUGUCAUUAUUCCUCGUUCUCCGGCUCUUGUGGGAAUCCCUUGGGAGUUUAAUGAGAUUGAGAAGAAUGAACGUGCUAUAAAAGCUGCCAAGCAGCUCAAGAAAAAACUACCCCUUGGAGCUGAAUUACUUAUUCUGUAGUCAUCAUCAUCGCUAAUAUAUGUACAUACUACUAAUUUGUUGUUGAAAUGUGAUGAUUGCCUUUUUAAUGUUUUUCAUUGUAUUAUUAGUUUUGUAACUUUCUGUUAUUUAAUUGAAUGAUGGAAAAUAAGAACUUUAUUGUAUCA